GGUGCUCCCAUCUCCUCAAAAACAAAACCACAUUGCAUUAUGGCGGAAGAUCCUACUACAUGCGCCUCCAUGCCGAACCCGCUCGCCCCUGGAGCUUGGUUGCAACCUAAUCUCGCUCCUCAGUAUGAGCUCACGAAGGCCGUUUGGACGGCUGUACUCGGAGCAUGGAUAUGGGAUGUGUUAACGGCUGCGGGUGACGAGUUCCGAAUGUUGAAAAAGAGCACUAUCGCACUAUCCAAUGUCAUCUACGUAUGCUCUCGCAUGGUAACUGGUGGUUUCCUCAUCUCGUCUGUAAUAUUCGAGACCACUCCUCACCACGACUGUCCUAAACACUUUAGCAUACUUACCUGGUUUGGGUAAUGUGCAAUGCCCUAUAAUGCCCUUCUCUUCUUCAUCAGAGUGAGGGGCGUCUUCCUUGACUCCCGCAAGAUAUCUGCUGGUUUUCUCGUUCUCUGGCUCUUGACUCUCUCUGCCCUGAGCGAGCCUUUCGGAUUUCAAGCCAGUCACAUCGGUCCAACACCAUACUGCAUCGUUGUGAAUGUCUCCAAAUUCACUUCGAUAGGAUUCAUCACUGUGACAUUAUUUGAUACUUCGGUGUUCGUGGGUAUAACCCUCCGGAUGCUCUCGUUCAGUUUCGAAAAUACGUGGCGAGGACGCUUGAAAAUGUUCCUCAGCGGAAAGGGUAUGGGGCAUGUUUCGAGAGCCCUACUGCAAACUGGACAACUGUAUUAUUUGGUUACCGUAUGGGUGAAUAUCGUGAUGACGAUAGUCCUCUUGACGUCUUUAAUUUCUCCAACGUUCCAAGGAAUGCUAAUCAUACCCAACAUUGCCCUACAAAACGCAAUGGCGUGCAGGGUAUUCCGGCUCUUGAAACUUGGUUUAAUUCAAGAGGAUGCUUCCAUCGUUAUAUCCAGUAUGAGAAGUUUGGCUUUUCGCCCAACCAAACGCCCUAAUACGACAUUUGUGACUACACAAGAAAGCACGCUGGGAGCCGUCGGAGAAGAAACUGCGGACAUAGGGUUAGCUGCGCUACAGACGAAACACGACUCCGACGAAAUUCCAUCACACCCGCCCAUUCAGAUAUCGAUCGUCCAAGAGUCAGAGAUGACCAUAGACACUGAGAAGGAUACGGCUCAUAUGGUGUAGCGAGCCCGCUAACUGUCGAGCUUCCCCUUCACGCCAUCGGCUCAGUGCAGUCAGUAGGAGAAAGAAGGUUGCAUUUUUGCCAAGGGGUCGUUUGAAAUCAUCUGCUACGAUCCUUGCCCGUGAUCCAGGUUUGUGUUUAGCAUGCAUUUGUCCUAUGUAGAUGUACUCGCAAUGAUACUGUACUUCGU